UUGAAAUAUUUUCCUCGUUAUUCUCAAAGUGCUUGUUUAUUAGAGUGUCUAACAGAUUUAGUGAUAGGGCGAUGUGAUUGUGUUGUUGAAUACAUUGUGUAUAACACAAGCCAAUAUAAGUUUUGUUCUGUUUAUCAAAGGGAAUAUUGUGCCAACCCACUGGCAAUAAAAUUCUAUCAGAAUGCUCAAAAUUUCAGCGACAAUUGCAACUGCCCUCUGACGUGUAAUGAAGAUGUGUUUGAACGACAACUCUCCUCGGAAUUUUUCCCUUCUGAAUCGUUUGUUGAUAUUUUAAUUCGCGUAAAUUUUACUACUGGAUUACAACAUGCUAGAAGUAAUUUGAUGCGAGUAGAUAUAUCCUAUAAUAAUUUAAAACUUGAACAGAUUAUUCAUCAACCAAAGUUAUAUUUAAGUGAUGUGGUUAGUGUACUUGGUGGUUACAUGGGAUUUUUUCUCGGUGCAAGUAUUUUCACCUUAAUGGAACUAACAGAUUUGAUCAUACGAAGUAUU